AGACACAGAGAGAGAGAGAGAGAGAGAGAGAGAGAGAGAGAUCAACAAUGGCGUCUGCGCUCUCGCUGAAUCGAUGCAUCCUCUACAAACCCUUCGUUCCUCGUAGUUCUUCGCAGCAAGCGAAGCGGAGGAGGUGGUGGGGAACCCCCAGUCUUAACCAAUCUGUGCCUCGCCGGGCCACCACGACGGCACCGGCGCCGGCUGGGUCUAGGGCUGAUGAUUCCUCGGCGCCUUACGAGAUGUCGCUUGAGAACGCUCUCAAGCUUCUUGGCGUGCAGGAGGGAGCGUCCUUUGAUGACAUCUUGCGUGCUAAGAACGCCAUCGCUGCGGCUUGUAAGGACGAUCCGGAGGCAGUCGCCCAGGUAGAGGCUGCUUAUGACAUGUUGCUUAUGCAGAGUUUAAGUCAACGCAGGGCUGGCAAAGUUGUUAAUAAAAACAUCCGAUAUGCUGAUGUAAAAUCUGCUAGAAACACUGGAUUCAGUAGCUUGCCUCCUUGGCUACAGAAUACAGUGAAGAAUGCUCCUGUAUCUGUUGAAGCUCCAUCUCCAAGCAGUUUGGGAGUGCAGGCAGGGGUUUAUGGAGCUUUGAUGGUUGUUACGUUUGUUAGUGGGGCAUCAACAUCGUCAACAGGAAUAUAUACUGGCCCUGAUGUGCCUGGAAUCAUUUUGGCUACCGGCUUUGGAGUUUCACUAUACUUCUUGACCAAGAAGAAUAUUUCUCUAGGGAAGGCAGCACUUAUCACUGUCGGUGGGCUCGUUAUCGGCGCGGUCGUAGGAUCCGCCGUGGAGAAUUGGUUGCAGGUUGAUAUAGUCCCGUUCUUCGGCAUUCACUCACCCGCGGUGAUUGUGAGUGAGUUCAUUCUUUUCUCUCAGCUCCUUGUAUCACUGUACCUUAGAUAAGCUCUGAAAGGUCAAUGAUCCAAUGCCAUUUUAUUUAUUUUAAAAUAACUGAUUAAUAGAAUCAUGUAGUUUGAUAUCCAAUCCUGGAAUUUCUUCAAAAUGUCAAGAUAUGUACAGAAAUUACCAAGUUGUAAUUAUUGCCUUGUUGUAGGACAUAAGCUUUGUUUUUUUUUUUUUUUUCCUUUUGAUGCUAUGAAAGCUACAUGAUCAUAUAUCAUGAUCAAAUGUCUUCAAGGAUUAACUGCUGGUUUUGGAUGUUUUGA